AUGCUAAUCGCAAACCUCCCCCUCGCCGCCAUGGCCCUGUCCUCACUCGCCAUGGCUGCUCCUCAUCGCAGAGACAACGAGUCUGCCACGGGUCUCAGCUUGACUGCUCAACUUCAACUCGCGGACAGCGGCGCAGCCCGAUACCGUCUCCUCGCCAAGGACGAAGACUUCAUCUACGACUUCAACAAAUCCCAAGUCGCCCUCGCCAACCGCCAAACCUUCCCAGCUGUGACCGGCCUAGGCGGCAGCAUGGCCGUCGCCUCUCUACCCGCCUGCGCAAUGUCCUUCCUCCACCUCCACCCCCGCGCCUCCGAACUCCUCGUCGUAACCUCGGGCCGCCUCAUCACCGAAAUGGUCCCCGAAGCCGGCGUCCUCGACGCCUCCGGCAAGCAGCGCGUCAUCCGUGCCGACCUGGGCCCCAACCAAAUGACCGUCUUUCCCCAGGGAUCCUUCCACACCCAAGUGAACCCCGAGUGUACCCCGGCCUCGGCCGUCGUGUCCUUCACCUCGGACGAGGGCGGCACCGCCAUGGUGGCGGCGCAGCUGUUUGCUCUGAGCGACGUCAUAGUUGAGACUUCGUUCGGGUCGAGCAUUGCUGGGGAGGAUAUUGAUCGGGUGCGCCAAGCUAUUCCGAAGAACCUUGUGUUGGAGGUUGAGGACUGUCUGAAGAAGUGUGGGCUUGAGAGGCGGGCUCUUUAG